ACUGACGUGCGGGCCCCGCGAUCGGAUCCGUGGGGCCCACUCGCCUCGCCGGGAUCGUGUACGGACGGAACGCCACCCUCCCCCUCUCCGGAAGCAGCCUCGCAGCUUCGCCAUCACCACCGCCACCCUCUCCUCCGUCGCGCGAUUCCAUUCAUCAUCCAUCGCCUCGCCUCGCCUCGCCUCACCUCGCCGCACGACGGAGAAAUUCUUUUUCUCCUUUUUGAAAUUCCUUCCCUUUUCCAGCCAAACGAGCCAGCAAGAAAAAAGGGAGGAGGCAUUGUUGCUGAUCGAAUUCCGAAUCCUCCUCCGGGGUGCCCCCGCGCGCGUCGUCGAUCCGCGCGUGUCGAAUCGCGCGGGCGGUGGGGUGGGAUUCGCAGAUGAUGGGGGCGGAGAAGGCGGAGCUGGGGAUGGAGGACCUGGACCUGGAGCUGGAGGCCGGCGCGGGCUCGCCGUCGCCGUCGCCGUCGCCGCUGACGGCCAGCUCCAAGAUGCAGGCGCUCGACUUCGAGCACAUCGGGUCGCUGGCCGCGGUUGCGGAGUCGCUCUCGCCGGGGGGCAAGUGGCGGAGGGCGCUCACCAGCGUGCGCGUCGUCAUCCUCCAGGCCAAGAUCAACGUGCUCCUCCCCUUCGGGCCCCUCGCCGUCAUGCUCCACUACCUCCCCGGCAAGCACCAAGGAUGGGUUUUCCUUUUCAGCUUAAUCGGCAUCACGCCAUUGGCUGAGAGAUUGGGAUAUGCAACUGAGCAGCUUGCUCUCUACACCGGCCCGACAAUUGGGGGUCUUUUGAAUGCUACCUUUGGGAAUGCGACAGAGAUGAUUAUAUCGUUGUAUGCGUUGAAAAAUGGAAUGAUCCGUGUCGUCCAGCAAUCGCUGCUAGGCUCUAUACUAUCAAACAUGUUGUUAGUUCUCGGCUGUGCUUUCUUUGCUGGCGGUCUUGUCCAUCCUAGCAGGGACCAGGUUUUCAACAAGGCAUCAGCUGUUGUAAACUCGGGAUUGCUUUUGAUGGCUGUCUUGGGUCUAAUGUUUCCUGCAGUGCUUCACUUUACACAUUCUGAAGUGCAGUAUGGAAAAUCUGAAGUUUCCCUUUCAAGGUUUAGUAGCUGCAUCAUGCUUGUGGCCUAUGCUAGCUAUCUAUUUUUCCAACUAAAGAGCCAACGCAGUCUGUACAGCCCAAUUGGUGAACAGGAAGAGGAAGUAAGUGAGGAGGAGGAGGAUGAAAAGGAGAUAACACAGGGGGAAGCUAUCUGCUGGCUUUUUGUGUUGACUAUUUGGAUUUCAAUUCUCUCUGGAUACCUGGUAGAUGCCAUACAGGGAGCCUCUGAAUCAUUAAACAUGCCAGUGGCCUUUAUUAGUGUUAUUCUGCUCCCAAUUGUGGGAAACGCUGCUGAGCAUGCAAGUGCCAUUAUGUUUGCCAUGAAAGACAAACUUGACAUUACACUUGGAGUUGCCAUAGGAUCAUCGACACAGAUCUCCAUGUUUGUGAUCCCAUUCUGUGUCGUAAUUGGCUGGAUGAUGGGCCAACAAAUGGACCUGAAUUUUCAACUCUUUGAGACAGCAACUCUUUUUAUAACAGUAUUGGUGGUGGCAUUUAUGUUGCAGGAAGGAACAUCGAACUAUUUUAAAGGCCUUAUGCUUAUCUUAUGCUAUCUCAUAGUUGCUGCAAGCUUCUUUGUGCAUGUUGAUCCCAAUUCAAGUGACAACAAGUGAAAGGUCUGCAUCAACUUGUGAAAUGAUAAGGGAGGCUACUAUUGGAACAUCAGCAUUAGCAGAUCGCAGUAUUCGCAACAUAUCAUCUGUCAGAGUCCUGAUUUUGACGACCUAUACCUGUCAGCAGCAUCUCACAUGGAGGCUUGGACUUCCCAAUUUGGAGUUGCAAGGCGCUGAUGCGGCUUUUUUAACAUAGCGACGGCAUCGCCCUUUGAGUGAGAAACUGUAACUCUAUGGGAUAGUGUACCAAGGUCACUAGUCUGUAUUUGUUGAAGAAAGACUUACUCACAUUUUUUGAUGAUGAUGAUGAUGUUGUUGUAUCAAUGCCAAUGAACUGGCUAUAAUGUUGUACCAGUACAGGCGACACUGAGAGAUUCAUACACAUUUCUAAACAGUACCAGUUCAGCAGCAUGCUUUAUCACUGCACUUAUUUAAUUAUUUGUCAAGGA